UAUAGCAGUUGGUCUGCGUUGAAAUUCAACCAGAGAAAGAAAUAUAGGUAAAAGGAUCAUCAUUUUCCCCGGGAAUGAAGCACAGACACAGGACAUAAGACUGGAACUCAAACGCGGACUGAGGGGGGAAUUUGGGGACAGUCAUGGCGGGGCUUGGAGUGAAGAGGAAGAAAGCGGGGCUCCCUGGUUUUUGCUGGAAAACCUGCUACUUUCAUAUUUUAUUCUGGAUUGUCUCGGUCUGUGGUGAAGAGAAGACGUUCAUCGUUGAGACAUGGCUGAAGAACUAUGGCUACCUGCUCCCCCAUGACAUCCGAACAUCAGACCUGCGGUCGGAGAAAGCCAUGCAAUCGGCGGUCGCUGCCAUGCAGCGGUUCUAUGGCAUCCCAGUGACUGGGAUCCUGGAUCAAACCACCAUAGAGUGGAUGAGGAAACCUCGAUGCGGCGUUCCCGACCACCCCCACAUCAGCCGACGGAGGCGGAAUAAACGCUAUGCCCUGACGGGACAGAAAUGGAGAGACAGAAAGAUCUCUUACAGCAUACACAACUUUACCCCUAAAGUGGGGGAGAAGGACACGCAGAGAGCCAUACGGCAGGCCUUUGACGUGUGGCAGACGGUGACCCCACUCACUUUCCAGGAGGUGGCCUACUCCGAGAUCAAGAACGAGGGGAAGGAGGCCGACAUCAUGAUCUUUUUCGCCUCUGGUUUCCAUGGUGAUAGCUCGCCCUUUGAUGGGGAGGGGGGGUUCCUGGCCCACGCCUACUUCCCGGGCCCUGGGAUCGGAGGGGACACUCACUUUGAUUCGGACGAGCCCUGGACACUAGGCAACGCUAAUCAUGACGGUAAUGACCUUUUCUUGGUGGCGGUACAUGAGCUUGGGCACGCCUUGGGGCUGGAGCAUUCGAAUGACCCCAGUGCCAUAAUGGCUCCCUUCUACCAGUACAUGGAGACACACAACUUCAAACUGCCCCUCGAUGACCUCCAGGGCAUCCAGAAAAUAUACGGUGUCCCUACAGCCAUGCUGGAGCCUACACGGCCGCUGCCCACCUUGCCCGCUCGCCGAACCCACCCCACCUCGGAGAGGAAACACGACCGUCAGUCCCGCCCGCCACGUCCACCCUCCGAUGACAGGCCCUAUUUCCCCAAUGGCAAACCCAACAUCUGUGAUGGCAACUUCAACACCGUGGCCUUCUUCAGACGCGAGAUGUUUGUCUUUAAGGACCGAUGGUUCUGGCGACUGCGGAACAACAAGGUGCAGGAGGGCUACCCGAUGCAGAUUGAGCAGUUCUGGAAAGGUCUACCGCCCCGUAUCGACGCCGCCUACGAGAGAUCAGACGGCAAAUUUGUGUUCUUUAAGGGUGACAAGUACUGGGUGUUCAAAGAAGUGACUGCUGAGCCCGGGUACCCCCACAGUCUGGUGGAGCUGGGUAACUGUCUCCCUAAGGACGGCAUUGACACAGCACUGCGCUGGGAGCCCGUGGGCAAAACCUACUUCUUCAAAGGGGACCAGUACUGGCGCUACAACGAGGAGAAACGCACAGUCGACCCGGGCUACCCCAAACCCAUCACUGUGUGGAAGGGCAUCCCCGAGGCGCCGCAGGGAGCCUUUGUCAGCAGGGAGGGCUUUUAUACCUAUUUCUACAAAGGCAAGGACUACUGGAAGUUUGACAACCAGAAGCUGACCGUUGAGCCCGGCUACCCCAAGUCUAUUGUCAAUGACUGGAUGGGCUGCCACCAAUCAGACAUGGAGAAGAACAAGGACCGGCAGCUUCCCCACGAUGACGUGGACAUCAUGGUGACCAUCAACGACGUGCACAGCACUGUCAACGCCAUCGCUGUGGUGAUUCCCUGCAUCCUGUCGCUGUGCAUCCUGGUCCUGGUCUACACCAUCUUCCAGUUCAAAAACAAAGGGGUGCAACAGAACGUCACCUACUACAAACAUCCUGUCCAGGAGUGGGUAUGACAGGCUUAGGCUGCGCGCCGCCGCUUACGAUACGAAACUGCGCUGAGAGGGCUACAAAAAAUCUGAGCACCAUGUGACCAGUGCCUGUCUUGCACAAACCCUUUGCGAGAAAGGAAGGAGGGGGAUUAAGUAACUCCCUUUUGUCCCCUGGCAAGGACCCUUAGAUGAACAUCGGCAAAAUUGAGUAUGUUGAAUAUUAGCAUGAGGCGACGCAUAGGACGCUGGGAGAGCAGAGCCAAUCCGAUUGCUCUGCCUUUUGCACCUCUUGUCUAUAUGUUGUCCAUUCUUAUCUGGCUGUUUCAGUGGGGGUUGUCACACAUACUUUACCUCGAUGGGACUCCCAUACACUCUUUCUCAGGGGGAGAGAGGGGGGGGGGGGAGCCAACCCCUCACAUAGCCAGGUACCAGCAAUCUGUCGGAGUCCAAUAUCAACUUGUACAUGAACUUCAAGUAUUGUCAAGUCAAACAAGAUAUUUAAAGAAAAAAUGUAAACUUUAACAAAAAAUGUAGGUAGAAAGGCCAUAGAAAAGAAUACCAAGGAUUUCUGUGGAUCAUUUAAUAUUUUCAGUUAGAGAGCUUUGAGUUAUCAAGAGGAUAAAUUUUGUCUGUACAUCGCAAAUGACAAAUGUCUUCAUACCCAGACCUCUGCCUCUAGCGAUCGACUCACCUAAGCUAGAGGACUGAGACUAUACGUAUGUCCACUGAAGGACCACCGCUAUACCAACAUCCCCCAGCACAGACUCCCUGCUCCUCUGUCUGGACCGAGGGGCGUAGGGGAAAGCUAGUUAAGUUAGCGUUUAAAGACAUUGGUCACAGUUAUGUUUUGUUUUUUUACAUGCCCGAAGGCGUGGAGGAGUACCUAUGGCCGUUUCAAUAGGCUCAGCACGUCAGACCAACAUUGACUAGGCACAAUGAACUGCUGUUGAGGCAGCCUGAAUUCCACUCCGUACCCCUCUUCAUUCCUCCUCAUUUCUCUCACUUUCUCUCUUCCUGUGUUGCUCUUUGUUUGUAUCCUCCUUAAUGACAGUGAAGCAUUUUUUCUUCUUUUGGCUCUAUACUCCAAAAGUUUGGAUUUGAAAUCAAACAAUGACUAUGAGUUUAAAGUCCAGACUGACAGCUUUAAUUUGAGGAUAUUGUCAUCCAUAUCAGGUGAACUGUUAAGAACUUACAGCACUUCUUGUACAUAAAGUGGCUUGCGAAAGUAUUCAAACCUCUUGGAAUUUUUCCUAUUUUGUUGCCUUACAACCAACAUUUUUUA